UAUUUAAAAACCAUAGAAACCACCCUGUGUCAACCUUUAUUCUAGCAAGCUUGCAUUCUUUUACUCAACUGCGAUUAGCAACAUCUCUCAACCAUGAUUCAGUCCUAUUUUACCAUUCAAGCCGGGCAGUUGCCUUUCUAAGCCAAUAAUUUUAAUAAAAUCCUUCGUGUUUAAUAAAUAGUUUUUUUUAAAACUCUUAAAUCGGGACGCCGUAUAACAUUGGUGGCAGCGAAAAGGGAUUUUUGAUAAAUCCUGGAAUCGUCUCUUGUGUGUUAAAAGUGCAUAAGUGUAUCAGUGAAAGUGUUAAGUGGUAUCAAGCCCCAUCCGUCCACUGUGUGAUAAGUGGAACAGGCCUUUCAUCGUCAGCCCAGUUCAACCCAGUUCAGCCCAGCACCGUCGAAUACCGACGAUAUUCUUUUUCAAGAAUCUAAGAAUGAUAUUCAUCACCCUGGCCAUCGCAAUUCUCUGCAAUGUCACCCUAGCUGAACCUGAAAAUCAAUAUGUUAAAAAUAUAGUGAACGGUCCUGGGAUCUUCUUCGACCCUGUUGGCUCACUAAAGAUAAUAGAUGACCAAUUUCAAAUUGUAAUCCCAGUAGAAAUCAUUCCCAUAAAAAAUCAUAUAAUGGACAUAAACAAAGUAUUUAACAACGUUCAGUCUUAUUGUCAGAGAAACGUAGUAAUUGGUGUUUCGCAAUGUCAUAACUUAUUACAACCGUUAGAAGCAAUCCUUAAAGAUCUCCAACGUGACUUUGAUGCCGUUUCACAUCUAGUAUCCGACGAUUACGUCUCUAAAAGGUCCGCAUGGUUUUCCGGAAUAGGCACUGUUUUCAAACAUAUAUUCGGUACCUUGACCGAAGAUGAUGCGAGAAUUUACGAAGACGCUAUUAAAACUCUUUAUGAAAAUGAUAAAAAGAUUUCAGGAACAUUGAAGAAAACCGUUAUUGCUUCCCAAUCUGCCAUUUCCAAUAUAAAUCAAUCCUUACAUGACAUGAACCUUAAUCAAGCAAAAUUAAAUGGUGUCGUCAAACAAUUAGAGUCUUCGGUAUCUAAUAUAACAAAUGCCUUUAAUGAGGUUAACUUUAGAAAUAAUUUUUAUAACAUUUUAAAUAUUUUACAAUCAAACUUACUGACUUUAUCUUUUAAGGUGGAAGACUUACUUAACUCCAUUUUACUCAUAAAAAGUAACACUUUGCAUCCUUCAGUUCUAACCCCUAACCAAAUGUAUAACGAUAUUGUAAGUAAUUUUAAGUUACUCCCUAAGUAUAGAGAUUUUCCUGUAAGCAUAGAUAUAAGCAACAUUCAUAUUCUAAUUAAUAUAGCCGAUUUAACUUGUUAUUAUUUCAACAAAAAAUUAAUGUUUAUUGUAAAGAUACCACUUGUAACCUUAGAAUAUUUUAAUAUCUAUAGAACUGUACCAUUGCCUAUCCCACAUAAGGAGGGCAAUCUUAAUUCUUUUGCUAUGAUCCUCCCUUCGGAACAAUUUUUAGCCUUAAGUGCAGAUAAAUUAUACUAUAUAUAUCUCAAGAAUCUGAAUUACUGUAAAAGCAUAUUUACCGAUACCUAUCUUUGUGAAAUAACCGAUGUCUACGCAGUACUUAAUAACCCUUCAUGUGAAAUCGAAAUAAUUACUAAAGCCUUAACUACCCUUCCGGAAAGUUGUCCUGUUAAGGUCAUGUUUGGUAAUCUAGAUAUUUGGCAUAAGCUAAAUAAUAACAAUUGGUUAUUUGUACAAUCAAAAUCCACUAAAUUGUCUAUUGAAUGUAAUCGAAAUGUAUCUGAGUUAAUUAUAUCCGGUACAGGUGUACUUAAUAUACCAGUAAAUUGUGUAGGUUUUCAUAAAAACCUCAAGCUAGUGACUAAAGUGUAUCCCAAAAUAUAUGUACCCACUGUAUCCUCAAACUUUGACAUUAUUAAUGAUAAUUGCUGUAAAAGUGUAAAUAAAUUAAGCAAUAACAUUUCUAUUCCAACAAUCAAAAUUGUUAACCUUGAUGAUUUAAAAUCGAUUAAAGCUAUUUCAGAUAUGUCAAUGAAGGAUCUGAAUGAGAUCAAAGAUCCUAAUAAUUUUAAUAAUCAUGUUAGCUUUCCUAUUUUAAGUAUUUUCUCUGUAAUCCUAGUUAUUAGUUUUGUUUUUGUAUAUUUUUAUAAGAAAGGCAAAUGUUCGAGAAAACUUGAAAUUUCUAAUAAUAUCCCGGUUGAGCAAGAUAAUAAUCCUGCAGAUCAGACUAAUCCUUCGGUAGCCCGCUUGCGAAUUUGUUAAAUGUUAAGUAAACUUACAAAUAAACCGUAAGUUUCCUCAUAACGAGGGGGUUGUUAUAUAUUUAAAAACCAUAGAAACCACCCUGUGUCAACCUUUAUUCUAGCAAGCUUGCAUUCUUUUACUCAACUGCGAUUAGCAACAUCUCUCAACCAUGAUUCAGUCCUAUUUUACCAUUCAAGCCGGGCAGUUGCCUUUCUAAGCCAAUAAUUUUAAUAAAAUCCUUCGUGUUUAAUAAAUAGUUUUUUUUAAAACUCUUA